GCCUGUUUUAAUUGUUGAAAACAUUCAAUUUAUGUUUUUAGUUGUUUAAUUUUGGGUGAAAUGACGAGGUUAAACGAUAUCGAAGAAAAUCCGGAUUUGGCCAUCCCGUGGCGACACUGUUCACGAACACCAUCGGCCAUUUUCCUCCAGCUUCCAAACCGUGGAAAACCGCUCUCUCGAUUUCAGGCAGUACGCAGAAUUGUUCGCAACGGAUUUUUUCUCGGAAUUCAAAUUCAUUUGUACGAUUAACGACGUAUUUUACAGUUUUUACCAUUACCUGGCAGGCGUUUUUUUAUGAAGAAAACUUUUUUUUUAGCAUUUUGUAAACGUGUCUGUCGUUGAACGUUACCGAAAUGGCGACUUCUAAAGAGAGAAAUAUACACUUGUCUUUAGAUGAGAUCAUUGAAAUGGAACGGAAAAAAGAGAAAGUUGUGCAGGAGGAAGCUAACAACUCAGAACAGGCCGUCUCACUAGAUCUUGACUCUCUUAUCUGUCCUGAUAGCAAAACAGAUGAAGAGAUGCCAUGUGUUUCUUCACCCAGUCAAGAACCUUAUUCAAACAAUUUCUUCCGCCGAAGGCAGCCGAGGAAUAAUUCAUCGAUGCUCUUUUACUCAGGACGUCAGCCUUCAAGUGCUAGAAUGAACCAACGUGAUUGGCAGUAUUUCCUUAGUCGUCGAUUUGCAACUUUACAGAGAUAUGGUUUUCGUAAUCAAGGGUUUCAUUAUGGGAACAUUCCUAAUGUAAGGAAGAGACUUCAAAGGAAGACUAAAAAAAACAAUAAGUACAAGAGGCGCUGGAACAGUUCAAGUUGUAAUUCAUGUGGUUCUUUCAUACCAAGCCAGAGGCCGCCAAGCCGCAAUAGCCUUCGUAGGUCUACUUCGAUGAAUUCAGUUGCAUCAUUCAAAUCUGAUUGUUCAUUUAGGUCGAACAGAUCACGGGCAUCAAACAAUUCUUGGAAGUCAACGCACAACGGUGCUUUAACAUCUGAACGAAAGCCCCUACUGGAUCCUGGUUUGCAGAGCGAAAUACGCCAUAUUCAGGCUGCCGCUGUCGUCGCAAAGAUAAACUCUUCGACUCAGCUCAAUGACAUACCUGAAGAGUGUAUUCCCGACCCUCAGCACACAUUUGUUUCAAUCAGCGCUCGCUUUGGUUUAUAUUAUAAAUAAACAUAUUUUAUUUAAUGAAAAUAUUUUAGUUUUUCCUUGCCUAUUUCCACAGGCUAUGACUAAUUUAGUUAAAGAUUUUUCUGCAUUUUUAAUUGUUACUUUUUAUUACAUAUGAAUAAUUAAUUGCAUGUGUAUAUAUAUUUUUUACUUUCAUCAUUUGCUUGUUAAACCUUUAUGAGUACUUAAAAAUAAUAAUUCACAUUCAGGAUUUAAUGUGGGUAUAUAAAAUAAAUUUGGUUUUCAAAAAUACCAAAAUAUGUAUUUUACUUUUCUUUUUUGUAAUUAUAUACGUACAGCAGAAAAACAAUACAGGUACUGAUUUCUUUAUAUUCUUAUUCCUAGUUAUUACAGGCUAUGUAAUAUACAUUUAUCUUUGUUUAUAUAGGUUUUAUAACAAAAAAUAAAGCUUAAUUCUUAUAUAAAUUUAAUAUAUAUAUAUAUAUAUAAAUAUAUAUGUAUAGAUACAUACAUAAUUUGAAUCCUCCAACUUUAUAAUUUAUUAGUUUUUCAAUACACACCUUAUAUCUAUAAUAUAUAUUAUUUCUAUACGUAUGUAUGUAUUAUCACAGAUAGUUCUUAACAGUAAUUAUAAUUGAAUAAUAUAGGAGGUAAUAAAAUGGUAACUCCUAAUUUUUCUCUCAGGAUAUUACAAUUAAAAAUUAAAACAUAAUUAAAACAAAAAAUCUGACAAAUGGUAAUCUAUGGAAAUAAAAUUGUUCAUAUACCACUUAUAACUCCACAACAUAUAUGUAAACAAUAAAAUCUUAUCUGUUAUUAUGUAUAAUAUAAAAGUUACAACUUGAGGUAGAUAAUCGGUUGGAAUGCAGAUUUAUAUAUGUUACACUUACACAAAAUUUAAGUACUGCGAUUGUAAAAAUGUCAUGUAACUAAUUUUUUUAUCAUUAUAUUAUUUAUAAUGGGACUAGUUUUUGAGAAGGAAAAACCAAAUGAAAAACAAUUUAGAGUAAAUAAGGAACACCGAUUAGGAUAAAACAAUGGAUUUAUAGACAGCGUCCAUUUUUAAAAAUUACUUUCUAAUACGUGUUUUUUUGUCUGACUUUCUAUGCCAAUGAAGAUGUACUGGAUUACAAAAGAAGACAAGUGUAUAAUUGUCAUCUAUUUAAUUAUUGCUGGAUAUUCCUAACCUUGCUGGUUUUUCUCAGUUCUACUUGAAAUUGGCAGUUAAUAGCAUAUUUUAUAAAGUAAUAACAACUCAAUAGAUGGUUAUUAUUGAAGGUCAUAAAGGUUUUAUUAAGAUACGCAAUCAAAACUUGCAUACGUAUUCAAUGCAUUUCUGAAAAAUUCAUCAUUCCUGUGAGGCAAAGAUCUUUAGUAAGGUGUAAUACAUGAAAAUCACUGACCAGAAAUUGUGUAAAAAAACAAAAUAUUAAAAUAAGCGAUUUACAAAUUAAA